CUAGGCGACGGGGGUUGGUGAGAGUCGGCGCGGUGGGGACGGAACAACAGAACUGACAGGCAGCAGCGCGCGGGUCUGUAGUCACGUCCAGGGGAAGAUGGAGCAACAUAGAUGCGCCGCGGACUUCAACAUCCUAUUGGCCACCGACUCCUACAAGGUCACACAUUACAAACAGUACCCACCGAACACUAGUAAGGUGUACUCUUAUUUCGAGUGCCGUGAGAAGAAGGCAGACCCAUCCAAGCCCCGAAAAGUCAAAUAUGACAAAACGGUCUUCUACGGGCUUCAGUAUAUUCUCCACAAAUACUUAAAAGGACAAGUCGUCACUGCAGAGAAGAUCCAAGAAGCAAAGGAGGUUUACCGAGAACACUUUCAGGAUGAUGUGUUCAAUGAGAAAGGAUGGAACUACAUUUUGGAGAAAUAUAAGGGACACCUGCCCAUCGAGAUCAAGGCUGUCCCGGAGGGAAGCGUUAUUCCGCGUGGGAACGUGCUCUUUACUGUAGAAAGCACAGAUCCGGAAUGCUACUGGCUCACUAACUGGGUGGAGACUAUCUUGGUUCAGAGCUGGUAUCCCAUCACCGUAGCGACUAACUCACGAGAACAGAAGAAGAUUCUGGCCAAAUAUCUCAUGGAGACGUCAGGGAGCCUGGAGGGACUGGAAUAUAAACUACAUGAUUUUGGCUACAGAGGAGUUUCAUCUCAAGAGACGGCUGGUAUCGGGGCAUCUGCUCACUUGGUAAACUUCAAAGGAACAGACACCGUGGCUGGGAUCUGCGUUAUUAAGAAGUACUACGGCACCAAAGACCCAGUUCCUGGUUUCUCAGUACCAGCUGCAGAACACAGCACAAUCACUGCUUGGGGAAAGGACCACGAGAAGGACGCUUUCGAGCACAUUAUCAAGCAGUUCCCCAAUGUGCCCGUUUCCAUUGUCAGCGACAGCUACGACAUCUACAACGCCUGUGAGAAGAUCUGGGGUGAGGACCUCCGGAGUCUGAUCGAGAUGAGGAGCGCAGAUGCCCCGCUGGUGGUUCGACCAGAUUCAGGAAAUCCUCUAGACACGGUGCUAAAGGUCCUAGAGAUUUUAGGGAAGAAAUUCCUUCCUACUGAGAACUCCAAGGGCUACAAGGUGCUUCCACCCUACAUCAGAGUGAUUCAGGGCGACGGUGUGGACAUCAACACUUUACAGGAGAUUGUGGAAGGCAUGAAACAACACAGAUGGAGCAUCGAGAACAUCGCGUUUGGCUCAGGGGGCGCUUUGCUGCAGAAACUGACCCGAGAUCUGCUCAACUGCUCUUUCAAGUGCAGUUACGUUGUGACCAAUGGAUUGGGUGUUAACGUCUUCAAAGAUCCUGUUGCAGACCCCAACAAAAGGUCAAAGAAGGGACGUCUUUCUCUUCACAGGACACCAAACGGUGACUUUGUUACUCUGGAGGAGGGGAAGGGUGAUCUGGAGGAGUAUGGGGAGGACCUGCUGCACACUGUGUUCCGCAACGGUGAGAUCAUAAAGACGUACACCUUCGAUGAGGUCAGAGACAAUGCCAAGCUAAAGAGGAGCGAGGUAGACGAGCUGCUCUGAGACCCCCUCAACACCUCCUAAAACACCAACCCAGAGGAGUCGUGUCCGAAACUCCAUUCGGAGAGACGAGAGGAUGCGCCCACAUACAGUGUACAGAACUCUUCUGCGUUUGUCUCCAGACUCCGCUGUGCUUUAAUGUGUCUUUCUAAUGGCGGAUGAAAGCUAUCCAAAUCAUUUAAGUGUAUAUUUGACCAAGCGUGCUAUCCAUCACACGUCUUUGACAGAAUGGAGACUUACUGUACGCGCGUGUGUGUGUGUGUGUGUACUGCGAGAUUAGAUUUUUCUUUGCUUGUACCACUGUAGGAUUGAAAGAUGAUGGUUUAGUGUUGCUUGAAUGUCGUGUGUGCGUUGCUCACUUUAUCAAAGAUUAUUCUCUUACUUUAUGCAAAUGAGACGGCUGAACUAGGGGACACUUUAUUUUCACUAUCAUUAGCCUUAGCGUUUUCGCUUUCGUUUCAAUUUCACAAAAACACGUCCAGUUCUCAUUUCACCUUCCAAUUUAAGAAAAGAAAUAAAUAGAGGAAUAAUAAAAGGAUUGCGGAGUGAAUUUUGACCUGGACAUGUUUUUGUGUUUUGUGAGUUUUACGUAUACAUACAACAGCCUUGCCCUUUUCCAUAGAAAUCAUUAUUUAAACCUUGCCAACAUGUUAAGAACACAAUGCUGAUAUAUUCACGGCGCAACAAAACAGUUUUUUUAUAUUCAACGCUUUUUUUGGAAACACUUGAAAAUGGCAGUUUUAUUAUACAACACAAAUCAUUUUAGAAGAGCUUGGGUUUAAUAUUUUGUAUACGUAAUGUUUCAGAAUCAUUAUUUUUUAUGACAGACUUAAAUAGCAUCAGAUUUACCAUAGUAAAUAUCCAUAGUCAAAUUAAUGUGGCCAAACUGCCUCCUCUCUUGUAUAUACUGGCGAGUGUGUUUGUUUGGAGAGAGAUGGUUUAUUAUUUGUGCAUAUAGAGAUUGGUUCUUAUUUUUGUCUAAUGCCCAUUUUGUACCAACAGAAAAUAUCUGCUUUGUUCUCUGGACUGAUGUCAGCCAGUCAGUUCUGGCACGUGUGUGUGUGUGUGUGUGUGUGUGUGUGCAUACUUGUCUCUGAGUGUACACUUGGUGGAUAAUACUUGCUGAUUAUAAUUUGAUUGAUGUUUUUAUGUAUAUGUCGGGUUUCCUCUUUUUCUUUCCUUCAGAUAUUUUAAACUAAUAUGGUAUGCAGUUUUGACCGCAUAUUAAACAACACAACCCAUCCUGUUUGCUAAAUUGUUUUUUAUUUCCACUUUACUUUUUUGAUGGUAUGGUGAAAAGAUGAAAUCAUUCCCUUUUAUAGCUGCUGUAAGGAUAGUAAUUUGUUUCUCAGUGCACUAGACUUCAACUAUAGUAGAAACUAUGACCAGUUUAAAAAUGUGUCAAGAAACAUUAAUGUCUCUGUGCACAUUUCUGUGUUGCGGAACAUUAGUGUUGAAAUAAAAGCAAUAUAAGACUGA